UUGGUGGAGAGCUACCCGUAUGAGCCAGAGGAGAGGGGCUCAGAUUAUGUUCGUCUGGCCUCCAUCGCUGCAGAGUCUGAGGUAACGACAGUGAACCGCUGCCUGGACGCCGCCAAAGCGUGCAACAUAGACGAGACCUGUCAGAAGCUGCGCACGGAGUACGUAUCAUCCUGCAUCCAGCCGUCGGCCCGCUCGGGGCCGUGCAACCGACCCAAGUGCAACAAGGCGCUGAGGAAGUUCUUUGACCGCGUGCCGCCCGACUACACCCACGAGCUGCUGUUCUGCCCCUGCACGGACACGGCCUGUGCCGAGCGCCGCAGGCAAACCAUCGUGCCGUCGUGCUCCUACGAGGAGAAGGAGAAGCCCAACUGCCUGGCCCAGCUGCGCGUCUGCAAAGCAGACUACGUGUGCAGGUCACGCUGGGCACAGUUUCAGUACGACUGCCAGCCGUCGGAGCACAGCGCCAGCGGCUGCAAACAGGAAAACUACGGAGCGUGUCUUCUCGCGUACACCGGCUUGAUAGGAAGCAUAAUAACCCCCAACUACCUUGACAACUCUACGUCCAACGUGGGACCCUGGUGCUCCUGUGCGGCGAGCGGCAACCACAGGGAGCAAUGCGGCGACUUCCUCACCUUUUUCCACGACAACGUUUGCCUGAAAAAUGCCAUUUUAUCAUUUGGAAAUGGAUCGGACGUGAAGACGGGCGGCGGUCAGCCUGGGAUGCCCAGUCCAGCAGCAGACAGCCACAGCCCGCACUUGGUGACCGCCGCCCCAGGCAUCUCCAUGGAAACAGAGCAGAACGUUCUGCGAGCACAGAUACCAACUCAGAUGAACGAGAACGACAGAUUGUGGGGCGACGACGGGGACUCCACUCUUCCCUCCCCGAGCCUUUCGGACGGCGGGGCCCGGCCCCCCCGCCCCACCCUGCCUCUGGCCCUGGGCGGGAUCCUCCUGGUGUUGCUUUCACACCCAUAA